CAAGACCGCACGGACCACACUGUAACGAUGACAUUUAGAGAAAUCGUGAAAUUACAAAAAAAACCUACGUUCUCCAUACCUUCGUAGCUUAUUAGUUUGGUUUAUUUUCGGCUAUUAAUUUCGCAUCGCAGGACAUUCAGCAAAACAAUUAAAGUUCAAAAAUCUCGACAGAAUUCACUAGACGAAAAAUCCGAAAAGAACAAAAGUUUAUUUUUGGAACGAACUUUUCAAUUUUUAUGAAUCAAAUUGUGGAUCAACAGACUAGCACAAACCGAAGAUGGCAACGAAACGACGGCCACUUCAUCAGCAAUCUGGAUCCAGCCAUCUGAACUUUCGUCCCAAUUUUGUGGAUGGACGGAAUGAACCCCGAGGAACUCGUCCGACCACCCAACCAUCCUCUGUCAAAGAAGUGAUUCUGUUAAUGGUAAUGCAUUUAUGCAAAAAAUCUAUCUUCUUCGACAUCAACCUAAAAGUGGCCUUGUACUUGGGAAGUUUAUUUCUGAUUUCGUUGAUCGGUGACUUCACGCCAUAUCCGCGGACAUAUUUUGCCAGAUCGGAUAAUUUGUUCAACGUUUAUUUCGUUAAAAUGGGCUGGGCCUGGACGUUAGUGUUAAGUUUACCGUUUCUGUUCAUGACAUCUUAUACGCUAUGUUGUGGCGAUUUGCAAAAAUUGAUGAAGCAUCAUUUACCACGCAUUUUUGUGGCCACCUUCUUCUGGUUCGUAUGGACUAAACUGUUCAACGUCAUCGAAAAUGCGUAUGGACAUUGUAACAACCGAAAGUUUGACUCGAAGACAAGUUGUUUAAAGGCAGGUGCAUUUUGGAAUGGCUUCGACAUAUCAGGCCAUGCAUUUAUUUUAAUUUACUCAAGUCUGGUGCUGAUCGAAGAGGCCAGGCCGAUCAUCGGCUGGGAAUACAUAAAAGAGCAUAUCCGAAACGAAGAGCACAACCGGGCAGUCGGAGAGAAGUCCUUAACGAAUCCGUUACGAAAUCUCAAAGAUGACGAAAUGAAAACGUUAAAGACUCUGUACGAAAAAUACACACCAGCCAUUCGAACAUUGUUCAUUGGUGUGACCGUACUGCAAUUGUUGUGGGAUAUAAUGUUGGUGUGUACGAUGUUAUAUUUCCAUAAAAUGAUUGAAAAAGUGCUGAGUGGCAUUUUUGCCAUAUUGACAUGGUACUUCUGCUAUCGUUUCUGGUAUCCAUCGUCAGUACUACCAGAUGUAGCCGGACGCGGGAUGUUUAUUUAUCAAAAAAACAAAAGUAAAUCCGCAGCGUCCAUACCAUUAAGACGUACAUCUAGCCUUUUGGCGCAGCAGACAUCUCGUAUAAACGAUGUACCACGAUUUAUGGGUAUGCCGUAUGGAGUAAAUGCUCAAACUGGAUCUGGACCUGGUGCAAGUUCAUCGGUUUCUUCAUUUUCCAAUAUGGAGAGCAAUCGCUUUCAAGACUAAAAUGCUGAUUUGUACGGAUUAUUUAAGGAUAGGGUAACUAAAAAUUGUAAAAAUUAGAUCAGUGCGACUAAAAGUUCUAUUUUCAAAUUAAAUUAAAUCAACGAAGUAAAUUUUUCUCUCUCUUUAAAUUUUCUUUUUUUUUACUUUAAAUUUCUAUAACAUUUUUAAUAUCAAUGGUGUUAGACAUCGCUGAAUUUAGAUUUUAUAUUUAUUUUUUAAUGUGUGGUGUGUGGAGGUAUAUAUUUACACGAUACGAAGUCGGAUUGUUCGUUCAAAGAGAAACAAAAAAGUGAAUAAAUCUAUUCAAGUUGCUAAAAGUC